UAUACCUUACACCCGGCAACGCCCUCUUCGCACGCUCGACGACGACCACGACGAUGUCCACGACGCUUUUCAACUUCACUCUCGGCGGGGACCCGCUCAGCCUUGACCGCAUUCGCGGCAUCCUCACACGCCUCGAGGACACGAUCAUCUUCGCCCUCAUCGAGCGCGCCCAGUUUGCGCACAACCCGAAGGCCUACCAGCGCGGCGCGCUGGCCGAGCUCAAGGCGACUGGCUUCGAGGGGAGCUGGCUCGACUGGUUCCUGCAGGAGACCGAGACGUUCCAAGCCAAGGCGCGGAGGUACACCAGCCCGGACGAGUACCCGUUCACGCCGCUCGCAGAGCUGCCUGCGCCGGUGCUGAAGUCGACCCCGUACCCGCGGGUGCUGCACCCGAACGGCGUGAACGCGAACCCGAGCAUCCUCUCCUUCUACACCCGCGCGAUCAUCCCGCGCAUCACGAAGCAGGCGACGCUCGCGCUCGCCGCGCACAAGCGCGCGAACGGCAUCGUCGGCGAGGACGAGUACGAGGACGACGGCAAUUACGGGAGCUCCGCUGCCAUCGACGUCGAGGUCCUCCAGGCGAUCAGCAAGCGCGUGCACUACGGCAAGUUCGUGUCCGAGUCCAAGUUCGUCGAGAACCCCGCCGCGUUUGUCCCACACAUCCUGAACCCGAACCGCCAAGCGUUGGAAGCGCUGAUCACGAAGCCCGCGGUCGAGCGCGCGUUGCUGCAGCGACUGCGCAAGAAGGCGGUUGUGUACGCGCAGGACUUUGCACCGGACGGCGAGCCAAAAGGCGAUGCCUUCAAGAUCGACGUCGAUGGCGUGGUUGAGCUGUACGAGUACUACAUCAUUCCUUUGACAAGAGAGGUCGAGGUUGACUAUCUCCUGGAACGCCUCAAAGGCCUCUCGCAAGAAGAAAUCGACGAGUUGGCAAGUAGAAAGAAGCAGUGAUCGUUGUGUACAGGCAGAUGUGUAUGUGUAUGAUACCGAAAACAAGAUGGACAUGACCAUUGGAAGCAAGAGCGUACAAGAAUAGACCGGACAUAAGGCAAGCAUGGAGGUAUACAAGGGUAAAUUAAAUGCACAAUAGGGACGAGCCCAUCCAAUAGAUACGAGAAAUUUAAAUGAAGAUGGCACAUGCCGGCGAGUGAUUUCAAUAGUGCGAUGUCAGAGGAGCUUCGCAUCCGACAUCGCCGGAGGAUCGAGCAUGCCGUCCAGCAUCUUGCGAGCCUGGUCCUCGCUGAUAUUCUUCGUCGCCCGGCGCGCAAGCAGCUUCUGGGUGCGGUACCGCUCGUAGAGAACCUCCUUUGUCCGGAUCUUGAGCAUCUGCCAGGGCGUCUCGUCAGCGCCGCCCGUCUCACCGCUUGUACACAGACGUUGCCCACUCUCACCUUCAUGUGCGUGGACAGCACCGUCGUGCGCAAGGCCGCAAAAUCGCAGUGUUCGGGCGAGAGCACGUCGAUCGUGCCCCACCUGUACUUCCGCACGAACACGCCCCGCAGGUCCGCCGGCGGGCCAGGGAGCAGCGGCGCGUGCCCGGUGCCCGAGCCCGGCGAGGACACGACCGAGUUCGAGGUGUGCGUGUCAUCGGAGGCCGACGCAGGACCGGGGUACGUGGCGACGGACAGCCGAUUGGACUCCGCCGUCGCGGCGCGCACAGCGUGGUGCCGCCGCGAGGUCUCGGGGGCGAUGAACGCGAAGGGGAGGGUGUCCGCGAGGUCGUCCUGCGCGAUGCUCUUCGCCGAGAAGCGCACGCUCGCGACGCUCUCCGUGUCCAUCGUGUCGACGCUCGUCGGCUCGUCCGUGGGUUCGGCUUCCUCGAUGCGCGUGCGCGAGCGCGAGCGGUUCCAAGGCAGCUUGAACGUGCUGCGCGGGCCCUUGAGCUUGAUCGCGGGGCGCGGACGACGCUCCUCCUCCUCGUCCGAGUCGUCGUGCCCGUCGUCCUCUGGACUGUGUGAACGCUCCACAUGGCCGUCAGCGGUGCCGUUCCCAUUUGCGUGGGAGCUUCGCCGGGAGUCGUGUACCUCGGCGGCCUUGGCAGAGCCGAACACGCCCAGAUCGAGCCCGGCAGUCUCGAGAUCUCUCCGUGUGGCCUUCUUCAUCGCCUCGAGCGUGCCGUCCGUGAGUGUGUCCGCGCGGGCUAUCACAGGCAGCAGGUUCGUCUUUUUGACGAGCCACCGCAUGACAGCGAGGUCUGCGGGAGGAACAGAGAAAUCGUCAUGCUUAUCAUCAUCUGAUGCGUGCGAAGGAUAAUCAGAAGACACUAGCGAUUGGGUCGGCGCCUGGCUGGAGACCGUCGACUCGGGACGUGUCGAUGUGUUGGCUGACGGAUGCGAUCUGCGUUCAGCAGAUGAGGCGAUCCUCGCCGGAUCAAUAAUGUAUAUGCACAAGUGAACGUGGUUGUCGCCUUUGCUCUGGCGGACGACUUUCGAUUCCUCGUUCAGUGUGGCUGCAAACUGGGCAUCCACGUAUUUCACAAUGGCAGAGACUUGACGCUCGAGCGUCAGCUCGUGACCGUCCAGGAAGUCCAGCCCAGGAGUAUCGAUGACAGAAAGAAGGAGCCGGUCGUGUUUCGAUUCGCAUAUCUCGACGUGGACGCCGUGGAUCUCUUGCGUGCGCUUGGGCGCACCGCGGAGGAAGUCGUCCAGGGCGUGCCGCUGCUCGGGCGAGGCGUUCGGCGGGAUCUCCGCCGUCUCGAGGAGCAGCCUGAGCAGAGACGUCUUCCCGGUCCCCUGUGCGCCUACGACCAUGAUAUUGAACGACGUCGGGUCGCGGCUCCUCCUCUGGCUCGGCCUGAACCGCGUCUUGUGCGCGGACUUGCGGUUCUCGAACGCGGACGGCGGGUGUGAGGUGUACAGGGACGAGAUGGGCCCGCCUGCAGGCCCUGCGGGAGGUCCUUGCGGAUAAGCGGCAGGCGCAUCCGCCUUGGGUAUCUCUGAGGGGUCGAUAAAGUUCUCAGGCCAUGGUAUCCCUUGCGUAUGGAGCUCUGGAAGCGACGGCGACGCGCGAACGUACGGUGGACCCCCGCGUUCCUGUUUCUUCAGGUAUCGGCGGCGUAUAGAGGAGAACAUCGCCCCAGCCUAGGCGCAAAAUAUAUAUCCAAGACGAAAGAAAGGGAAGAGAC